GCUCUUUUCUGGUUUUCGUGAAGUGGUUCGAAAGGUGUGUGAUUUGUUGUCCUCAGAUAAGCAGAAAAGAGAAGAACAGAGUUAUAGCACAAAAAUGGCACCAGAUGCUGCUGAACCUCAUAUAUCUAAUGCAGAAUACCUAUUGAAGGUGAGGACAUUAUUGCAAGCCUCACAAAACACCAGGUCUUCAGUGUAUUUCACACAAAAGAGAUUGGUGCCUUUUGACCCAAUUGAUGGAAAGCAGACAGUUGGAAGGAUAGAUGACCCCUUAAUAACAGAUGACACCAAGAAAGACACCCAAAAGUAUUCCAUAUUAUUAAGAGCAACUAAUGGUAGCAGCGAAAAGGACAAAAAACUCAAAUAUUCAACAAUUGUCAAAAGUGAUGAUUUAGAUCAGUUUUGGAAAGAUUAUGCUAUAGCCCUUAAAGGUGGCAUGACUGGCUUAAAGAAAAAAGAUAAGAAGAGAAACAAAAAGAGAAAUUCCAAAAAAUAAUUCUAUUCUUCAAUUUGAUUUAAUUCUUGGGUUUUUUUGUUUUUUUUUUGUUUUCAUGUCAUUUGUAAUAUUAGCAAUUCAAAGUGAUUUUUAUUUUGUUAUAUUUGUUUGUUUAUCUUUUGAUUAUUAUAUAAAUAUAAAAUACAGUAUUAUUUAUUAAAAGAAAUUAGCUCGCAGGAAUAUCUGCUCUAUUAAAACUACAAAAUCACUUAUUCAUACAGGUCAUUGCCAUAUCAUUUAAGUUUUAUAUUAGUAUAAUAUAAUAUAGUAUAAUACAAUGUAAUACAAUAUAAAGUAAUAUAUGUUCCAAAAAAAAA